UCCUCGCAGGAAGUGUGUUCAUGACAACAAAAACAUGGCUCAGAACUUUCAGUCGUCCAUCCUUUCUCUGACUUUGCCGAUUUCCUGUCAGAUAUGUCUCGGAAAGGUAAGGCAGCCGGUCAUUUGCACCAACCACCACGUGUUCUGCUCGUCCUGCAUGGAGAUGUGGUUAAAGAAAGCCAGCCAGUGUCCCACCUGCAGAGUCCCCAUCACAGCAGAGAGCCCCUACAGGGAGAUCAUCGGAGGCUCAAAUGAUAGCGACCACAGCGACGAUCCUUCUGUAAGGAAAUGUCUUAGAAAGACCAGAGGAGAGCUACUAUUAAGGGAGUAUGAGGAGGAGAUUGAAAAAUUACUGUCAAAAAAUGAAGAGCUGAAGACAAAAAACCUGAGUCUGGAGGCACAGCUGAAGGCCGCUUUGAGCUCAUGCAGUGAUGAUACAGCACAGCCAGAGGACCAAAGUGCCCUCCCCUUUAUCCUGAAAGAUCUGGAAAACAAUGUGCAAGCUGCAGAAGACACCUGUGCCAAACUGAAGCAGGACAUGGAAAAGCUGAAAGAGACAAACAAAGCAUUGCGCUCUCAAAAUAAUGACCUUGUACAGGAAAAUAUGAGACUUAAAGUCGAGGUGGAUAACCGAUCUCCUCACAAGUUUGGUCGGUUCACAGUGGCGGCACUAGAAGCUAAAAUUCAGCAUUAUGAGCGCGACAUAGACCACUUGAAGAGGGCUCUGGAUCGCAGCGACCAGUACAUCGACGACCUGGAGUCUCGGCUGAGAAAAUCUGAGAAGAGGUGCCUGGAAAUGCAGGAAGCGUCCAGGAAAAACGUGGCAGGGGCAGACUCUCUCUCACAGCAACGCAAAAUCAACAUGGUGAUACGUAGUUUGAGUUACAAUGAGAGGGAGUUGAUCUGCAGCAAUCCAGAGGCCGAAUGUUCAGCGUUGCCAAGAAAUCCCAGUGCGACGUCAAGACCAGCUGCAGACCGGAAAGCGUUUGCUGAAGGGAAGAAUGCUACUGAAGAUCAGAACAACGAGGACUCGGAAAUCUCCGAUUUUUUGCCCACUACACCAUCCGCCGCUUUCCGCACCCUGACCCUGAGAAGCCCUGGAAUCCGUGAGAAGAAAGUUGCGUUUAAACCUCCGUCUCAUCAAAGGAGGCUGGAUUUUAACGUUACCCCUGAGAAGCCAAGAGAAAACCCAUAUAAGCACUUCCACAGGUUCCCCAGAGGCUUCCCUCACGAUUUUGUGGACCUGUCAAAGUCCAGCUUCUGGGGUUGUUUGCAGAAACCCAACUUCGACCAGCCGUACCCGGGUCCAAGUCAACGGAGCUCCCUCCAGGCAUCCGCGUCCUCCGAUUUUGACGACGACGAUUCAGAUAACCAGAUGUCCAGUGAAGCCUGCAUGAACGCGGCUUAUCUAGACAAGAUCUCCGAGCUGGACUCCAUGAUGCUGGAAGGGGAGGGUUCUGCGAACGCCGGGUCCCAACUCCCUCCACCUUCCUCUCCUCCAGCACAUUUGGAGCGUACUCUCAUCCCAGACUCUCAAUCCUCUCCUGCUGUUGUCUUACCAAAUCUCGUGGAUCAUUGCAAACCAAAGAAGCAUCUGGCCUGUGACGACGUGGACGACACCUCAAAUGACAACGAGGCUCAGAAAUGCUCCGCCGAGGAAGGACUUUCUGCACUUGAGCCCGGUAGGAGGAGCAGCACCCAAGUUCCGGACAGUACGCAGCACUCGGGGAGCUCUCAAAGCGAAGAGCUGUCUUUUGAUUUGCUGUUUGAUCCGGUGGACGAGGCCGGUCCCUCCGGCUCCCUUAAUUCAGCAGGCCUGGACCAUGAUCGCGUAAAUCCCUCCUCCUCUUCCAGCUGCACUGGUGGCGAGUCUGUGAACACAAGAGCACAAGCACUGAACAGCAGCCAGCCGGUGAAGAGAAAGUCUCACAGUCCCUUCUGCACAAACAGUCCCACCAAACUUUCAAAGCUCAUGUGAGCAGAGAUCGUCUUCUCUGCACCAAGUUUAUGUCAGGAUUGAUGACUGCAUGGCUAGAAAUGAUCCACCAUUACU